UGAACCCUCGCCAAGUCUAGAGACUUUUCAGAUUUCGCUAUAGGAGGUCUGUAGUCUGGGUCUCCCGCAAGAUCUUGAUCACUGCAUUUUUUGUGAUAGUUUCAGUGAAGAACUAAUAUCGCGAUGAUCCUAUUUUGAGAUAGGUCGAUCCGACAUCAGAUCUCAUAGACGUACGAACGGAAGGUCAUACACGAUCGCUUUACCAUUUUCUUUUUCCGAUCAUGGGCCGUAAGUCUUCCAAACUGUAAAGGCCUUUUCUAUUAUCUUCGCAAUGCUUUCACUCUACACAGCGACGCAGGUGGGUAGAGCGAAACUAUAGAGAUCACUACCGACGAACAUUUUUUGACUUGUAUCAAUCAGUUUUGGCGACACAUUUCUUCACGCUAGCAAUAAGGUGUAUAGUGAUAACCUUUUGCUUUGAUUUGGCGACAAGCACAUGUGCUAUACCGAGCAAUCCUGCAGCUGCGCCAGUUUACCAUAUCAGUCCGUGGCGUAGUCUUUAACUCCAAGCGCGAACCGCGAUCGCAGGUUCUCGCCAAUAGCAGCUUGGUGUGACGAGCAAGGGCAAGACGCUCCUUUGGAAAAGUUCGUGGAACAACAUCAGCCCCUAGGGCCAAGACUAACCGUCGCAAUGUUGCCUUCGAACCUCCUGCAGACGGCCUUGAACCACCAGGUCAUGCUGGAGUUGAAGUCAGGGGAAACCUAUUCGGGACUACUCGUAAAAGUGGACAACUUCAUGAACGCACAGGUACUACGUUUUUGGGUGCGUUGCCUUCUUUUUUUCCUUGGAAGUAGAAGAAACCACGAGGACCCGUAAAGAAACUAGUUGAGGACGAGUCCCUUCCUGCUGUACGGGUUAUAAUUUCAUCGGAUGUUCGACAAUAUUUCUUUGUUUAUUUUUCCAUUUUCAUUUUGAUUUUCUACAGGUCAGAGACGCAAUAUGCGUGGAUGCGCACACGGAAAAAUUCUGCAGAGUAGCGGACGUCUACAUAAGAGGCAACAGCAUAAAGUACCUGCGAUUACCGGAGGAAGUUGCCGAUAUGGUAUAGUUGUUGGUUUACUGUUUUUGUUAUCGGCUAUAAUCCGAAGGAUUGUCGUCCUACUUGAUCGCGAUAUUUUGAAAUUUACUUUUCGUGGCCAUCUACGAACUGUCUAAUUACAGGUAAAGCCCGAGGAUGCCCCCGUUAAGGGCGCGGCACACAUGGGCAAGAAAGGAAAAGGCAAGAAGAAGGGCGAAGCAGCAGGUCCACAAGGGAGAGGGAGGCCUGCAGAGCGAUCUGAGAGACCAAAGGAAGGACGACCCGCAAAGAAACAAAAACAAGGCUGAUGAUACCCUUUUGUCACAGACGGAUACUAGUAAUCAAAUCCGUUUUUUUUCACCCGCACACGUGAAGAUGAGUAAAAAUGUAAAAGCGAAAC